CUCAAGUAAAGUAUAUUCACCACACGUGAAUUCAGCCCAUUCUUCAUCACAUGGGCUAUUAUAAAUUGAAGCAAGGUUUCAGUGAUCCCCAAUUUCUCUACAAGAAGAAGAACAAGGAGAAGAAGCAGCAUUUUCAAGUUUCCAUCUAUCGGGUGUUCCAGGGUAGAACACGUAGCACCAUUCUGCGUUUCUGUCACUGAACCAUGACUGUCAAUGUCAUACCUAAAAGGCUUCAAAGGGUAUGGGAUAAAUGGAAUAUUCGUGGUUCGGUUCUUGCGAGUCUCUGCUUGCAGAUUUUGUUAAUCUUUCUUGCACCUUUACGAAAACAAGCUAGAGGGUAUAUCAUAAUCCCAAUAGUAUGGACUUCAUAUCUUCUGGCGGACUUCGUUGCAGCCUAUGCAAUUGGACUUAUAUCCAACAAUCAAGGAGACAAGUGUGAUAAAAGCAAUGUAAACGAUGCCCUGUCGGCCUUUUGGGCCCCAUUUCUGUUGCUGCACCUUGGUGGGCCAGACAGCAUCACUGCUUUCUCUCUUGAAGAUAACGAACUAUGGAUCCGCCAUUUGUUUGGCCUAAUAGCCGAGCUUAUUAUGGUUGUUUAUGUGUUUACACAGGCAAUUCCUUUUUCCUUUUGGCUUCAAACAUUGCUUGUUUUAUUGGCUGGUUUGAUUAAAUAUGCAGAACGUACACGUGCACUGUACCUAGCAUGCUUAGGUAACUUUAAGGAUUCAUUGAAACCAAAGCCAGAUGCUGGACCUAACUAUGCGCAGCUUAUGGGGGAAUACUCUUCAAUGCUGGAAGCGGGAUUGCCUGUAAAAUUUAUAACUGUCAAUGAAUCUGAGAGACAAGGCAACAAGGAAAAUGAGAGACAAGCCAACUCUGAGGUGAAGCCGCUAAACGACAUUGAAAUUGUACGAGAAGGAUUCAGAUUCUACCAGAUUUUCAGGGGACUAAUUGUUGAUCAUAUGUUUAGCUUCCAGGAACGCGAUGAGAGCCGGAGUUUCUUCUUAGGUUUGAAUGCACAAUGCGCUUUCAGGGUAAUGGAGGUAGAGCUCAAUUUCAUGUAUGAUGCACUUUUUACCAAGAUGGCCACAGUGUAUAAAAGCUAUUUGGGUUACAUUUUCCGCUUUAUUUGCACUGCUUUGAUAGUAGCUACAUAUAUUCUCUUCCAAUCGCAUCAUAAGCCACAUAUCCACCCAUUUGACAUUGCCAUUACCUAUUCUUUGCUUAUUGGUGCUAUUAUCCUGGACAUUGUAGCUCUCAUCAAGCUCAUCCUCUCUGAUUGGACUUUAGCUCUUCUCAAGUUAAAGAAGGUCUUACGGCCGAUUUAUACAAUCGGGAAGUAUAUUUCAUUUCGCCGCCGUUGGUCUGAAUCCAUGGGUCAGCACAACUUGAUCAGUUUCUGCUUGAAGAGACGGUUUAAAUUGUUGGACGAAGUGGUUGAAUAUGUUGGACUCAAGGAAAUAUUUGAAUUCAUGAUGCACAGGGACUUCAUUUCUGUAGAGAACGACUUGAAAGAUUUCAUUUUCAAUCAGCUUAAAGCAAAGGCUGAUGAAGCAAAGGACGCAAUAAGUGCAAGGGAGAUACAUUCUUCUAAAGGUCAUAUGGCUGUUCUUCGAUAUACUAGUAGAGAAUCAAUUGUGGCGACUGUGGGCGAAAAUGUAGAGUUCAAUGAGAGCGUGUUGAAGUGGCACAUUGCUACUGACAUAUUGUAUUUCGAGAGUACAGAACUUAAAGACAAUAAGAAUAAUCGAAAUUUCAGCAAGAUCGUUACGGAUUGUAUAGUGAAACACUGGAAAAAGAAGAACCCGAUUACUGAUCGGAAAGAAGCUCAUGAUGUAGAUCAUAAGAAACUCUGCAACCAACUUUCAGAUUAUAUGUUGUAUCUUCUUUUCAUGCAACCUUCGCUGACGUCUGCAGUAUCAGGUAUUUUUCAAAUCAGGUUCCAGGACACUUGUGAGGAAGCCAAGGAAUUUCUCCGCAGGUUUAAGAUGACUCCCGACCGAUCCCGGCCAUCCGACCAAACAAUGGAAAAAGAAGCACGUGCUGAACUACUGAAAGUAGCUACGCCAGUCAAGCCAGUUGAAAUCAAGGGCGAUAGAAGCAAAUCUGUGCUGUUUGAAGCCUGCAUGCUUGCUAAGGAUCUAAAGAGAGUUGAUGACGACAAAAUGUGGAAGAUGAUGAGUGAAGUGCUGGUCGAAUUGCUUAGCUAUGGCGCCAGUCAUUGCAGAGGAAACGCGCAUGCUCAGCAGCUAACCAAAGGCGGGGAACUAGUCACUUUUGUUUGGCUACUGAUGGCACAUUUUGGGUUGGGUGAUCAAUUCAGGAUACAGGCUGGACAUGCAAGAGCUAAACUUAUCACGGAGACAGAGAGAGAGAUGUCUGAGGAAAACACUGAGAAAGAAUCGGCCAUGUAAUUUUGUAUACUCUUCUGCUGUUUUGUCCUUUGUAAACUUGAAUAAUAAUAGCUGUUGGUGUGGUGAAGUUUUAAUAAAGUCACAAGAUAUGUGAAAUGUCUGAUCACUUGUGUGUAUUUUGUGCAAUAUUGAAUUAUAUAUAUUUUGUUGUUCA